UCGUGCGCCGUUUAAAGGCAGGAAACACGAGACCGACGUUCAGUGCACCGCCAGCCGCGGCCGAGGAGAAGGGAAGAGAGUGUCGUUGUCCUUUGCUCGCAGUUUAUUUCUUUUCUUGAAGCUGCCUGUUCGUUAUAUACAGGAGACAAUGCCGAAAAAUGCCAAGACCUGGGCGACGAAGAAGGCGAAAAACUUGUCCCCGCUUUCAGCAUCGCCUUGUUAUCAGAGAGCCGAGACCGAAGGCGCCCCAGAGCAGAAGCGGAGUCCAGGAAUCGCGCGUGAUAAGACCCUGCCGUAUGCUCCCUCCCGAAGUCCAUCUCCGAAAGGACUUCUCAGUCCCUUCGAAUCAAAUAUAUUUCCUCAAACACCUUACAAGACCGCCAGAUCGAGCUCAGUUCUCUUUCGAAACUUCACGGAGAAAACCGCGACUCCCAGAAAGGUUUUCCCUCUGAAAUCCGGACUAUUAGCUGAUAACAAACAAUUAGACACACUUCAUUCCGCAAAGUCCAUAGAAGAUUACCUCAUUAAAACUCAGAAGACUGUCGUGCUAAGAGCUACUUCACCAGACUCACAACUGGGCGAAUCGCUUUGCAGUAACUCUCGAACAUCCCGUUCGCUUCGAAGUGAUCGACCACCGAUAACCUUACGGAAUUUACUGUCUGCAGAUCUUUCACCAGGAGGAAUAUCAAAUGAAAGUCUUCGUCUUAAUUUAGCCGAUAUUCCUUCGAAACCCUUACUCCGGAAAGAAUCCACAGUUUCGUUGCCAGAAGCCCAUGUGACCGAAAAUGCUAUUAAGACUUCAUGGAGCACUGUAUCAAAAAGUAGUUCGUGUGACUCCAAAUCGUUGCCAACAACAGCGCCCUCCCGGCCUCCAAACAGUGAGUCAGGAAGGAGGGAGAGAGCGUGUCGUGUGUGUGGAUGGAUUGACUGCCCUCUGGACGACACGCGGGUAUCAACUUUUUUGCACCAGUUGUACCCAAAACUUCAGUUGUGAAGAUCCAGGAUAAAAAAAAAAUGUUCUUAAUUAGCAUGAAAAUCUAAUAUGUAAUGAAUUUUUUUUUACCUCAACUGUAUUAUAUUACUAUUUAUGGACGCAUGUAAGAUAAUAUAUUUUAUACAGUGAUACUAUGUAUU